CACUCUCCUGGCGGGCGACCCGCCGUGGGAACUACAGGCCGAGAUUCUCGCCCAGGUGUACCGCUACCGGUCAAGUCUCAGGGCACGAGGUGAAAGACCGGGGCCUGAUGAAGUAAAUCGUUUAAGAACCCUCGGAAGUGAGGCCCUGGUCCGCAGAUGGAAAGAAGACCUCGAGUCCCCGGCGGCUGGCAUCUGGACGGUGGAAGGUCUCCGACCCCACCUGGAGCGAUGGCUGAAACGGCGUCAUGGUGCGUUGUCCUACCGUCUCGUGCAGGUGCUUACAGGACAUGGCUGUUUCGAUCACACUCCAAAAUGGAGCCAUAUGGCUCUGAUGUAAUAAUUACUCCAAGAUUGUAUCAGACAGAGCUUGAAGAAAUUGCAGUAAGGAAAAAUACGAUUAUUCAUUUACCUACAGGUUCAGGAAAAACAUACAUUGCCAUAAGGCUUAUUAAAAGGCUUAGAGACGCAUUGCAAAAGCCAUGGGGAGAAGGUGGAAAGAGAUGUUUCUUUUUAGUCAACACUGUACCACUUGUUAUUCAACAGAAAAAGAUGGUAGAAUAUAUGUGCCCUGUUGAUGGAGUGGCUGGAUUUAGUAGUGAGAACAGAGUCGAUUUGUGGGACAAAAGCAAAUGGGACAUUGAAUUAAGUAAACAUCAGGUUAUAGUAGCGACAAGUCAGAUCCUGUGCGAUAUGCUGACCCAUCAAUACAUAAGUCUCAGUGAUAUCAAUCUCAUUAUAUUUGACGAAUGUCAUCACGCAGUUGAAGACCAUCCGAUGCGUCUCAUAAUGAAGCAUUUUGAAAAUUGUCCAAAACAGGAACAGCCAAGGAUUUUGGGACUAACAGCUACCCUUCUCAAUGGCAAUGUAAAGUUAAACAAAGUUGAAGAAAUUUUACGUGAAUUGGAAACAACGUUUCAGGCCACUAUUGCAACUGCUAACGACAUGGGAGAGGUUGCUCCGCAUUCAACAAACCCUAAAGAAAUACUACAGCAUUAUAGAAAUCCUGCUUUGAACUCGGCUACACAGGAAGCCAUAGCACUUUUGAAGGAGUUACAAUGCAUAAUUAUUUCUGUCAAACUGCCACACUCGGUAGCAAAUCCUAAUAUCAGAUUGAAACCGGGGCAGAGGGACAUUACUGAGAAAGAUGGAAAGAAGAUAAUAAAAGAAGUAAAAAACAUGAUUGAGUCUAUGAUAUUGACCAUAAACGAGAUGGGUGCGUAUGGCGGUGCGAUCGGCAUUCUGGCGUACGUGAUCGCGUUCGAGAGGAGGAAGCGAUGGGCGCAGUCCGAACAGGAUGAGUUACUAUUCAACGUCGCCAUAACUCACUCCACUGAAGCACGAGUGGUUCUACUACAAUCAAUGGCGAAAGAAACCGGCUAUGAACGAAUUGUGAAACAUUCAUCAGAGAGAAUCUUGCAGCUAUUGAACAUUUUGAAAGAAUAUAGCCCAGGCUACGUGGCUCAAGCGGGAGCUUUAAUGAAAAUUAAUUACAACAAGAGUGCGCUGUCUGGGUUGAUUCUAACCAAACAAAGGUUCACAGCCAAAGUUCUGUACAAUCUUUUGAAGGAUGUCAAGGAAGUGAAUCCCAUUGAUUUUGGCUUUUUAAAACACGACUUCAUAGUUGGAUUCAAUAUAAACCCCUUUACAAACACCAGGGAGCAAUAUUUCACAAAGAAGCUUAACCAGCAAGCGCUUUUGAAAUUCAGGAAUGGAAACUUAAAUUGCUUGAUAUCUACAAGUGUAUUGGAAGAAGGAGUGGAUAUACCACAAUGUCUCCUGGUCGUGCGAUACGAUAUACCUCUGGAAUAUAGGUCAUAUAUGCAAAGUAAAGGUAGAGCUAGAAGCAAGGAGUCCAGUUAUGUGGUAUUAGUAGACCGCGAAAUUGAAGCAAAAUUUCGAAGUCAAUAUAUAGAGUUUCAAAAAAUAGAAGAAUAUGUACAUAAGUUGCUACACGGAAAUCCACAUGAUCGCGAUGCGCCUACAGAAGAGGAUGUUCAGGCGGGCUUGUACAACGAUGACGAUGUGCCUCCAUACUGUACUGAAUCUGGAAUUCAACUGAGCGGCACGGAUGCAAUACGCCUGCUAUUCCGUUACUGCAGCCGCUUACCACACGAUCAGUUCACAAAUAUCACGCCCAUGUGGGUACAAGAGAAAAUUAAGGAAAAAAAUAUGAUAGAACUCUAUCGUCUUAUUACCAUCUACAUGCCUUUGCAAUGUCCUGUCAAGGAGCCCAUACAGGGUUUGCCGUAUGUGAAUUUAAAGACUGCCAAACGUUCAGCAGCUCUUAAUGUGUGUAAAAGAUUGCACGAAGUCGGCGAGCUAGAUGAGGUGACUCUAUUGCCGCGACAAUACGGAAAAAUCGAUUUCAACCAAGAAGAUGUUAAAGUGUGCUUUCUCAAUUGGAAAGACGAGGAUGAGCACGUGGGAACGGACGUACCAAAGCCUGGCUUUAAGAAAAGGAUGCGAAAACACCCCAAAGUUUAUCCAAAAUGUUUAGAUGGUCCGACAAAAGGAUGGCAGAACGACAACGUUUUGUAUUUGCACGUAAUAAGGUUAUCCGUGGCGUUCAAAGAGCCCACCGAUUCUCGGGAGCGGGUUUUAUACAAUUUGUUGCGACAAAAAGAGGGAUACGGCUUUGUUACGAACCAGCCUUUGCCGAUUCUAUGCAGCUUCCCAAUCUUCCUCACUGUCGGCGAAGUUAAGACCUCUCUAGAAGUGAAUUACGCUAAGAUUGUCAUUACUUCGGACCAUUUUGAAUUGAUUAAACGGUUCCAUUUUUUCGUUUUCGACCAAGUUCUUGAAGUGGCCAAAAAGUUUCUCAUGUUUGACGGUGCGGUCGAUAACCUUUAUGUGGUCCCCCUCAAAGUAGUGGAGGAUGGCUACGACAUUGAUUGGUCGUUUAUGGGGGGACACCCUGAGAUAGAGCCUGUUACUGAGCCAGCUGUCAGUGAUAGAGAAUCACUGGUAGUUUCGAACGAGACUUACUUGAACGCAGUGGUUACUCCGUGGUAUAGAGGAAGCAUACUGCCAGACAGGUACAUCGUUUCCGCUAUACUUGAGUACAAGACACCGCAGUCUCGUUUCGAAUCGGCUUCUUUUGAAACCUUUGAAGACUAUUACUCAAGCAAACACAAUCUCCAGAUCUAUGGCCCUAAAGAUCAACCUUUGCUUGAGGUGCGAAGUAUCAACUCGCGGAUGAAUUGCCUGCUGCCGCGCGCCGCGACCAUCAACGCGUUGACGGACAAACAACGGAAACUUGUCUCGCAUGCUCAAGGCGAUGACAGCCCUCGCCGCUUCGACGAGAUAUUCGUGCCUGAGUUCUGCAUCAAGGAUGAGUACCCUGGCGUCUUGUGGUACAAGGCCAUCCUGCUGCCCAGCAUUGUGCACAGAUUGUCAAUGCUAUUGUCGGCCGAGGAACUCCGCGAUCAAAUUGCAAAAGACACGAUAAAAGGUUACAAACCGUUGGUCAAAGGUGAAGAAUGGCUGCCUAUAGAAAUAGACCUGCAUAUGGCCGUUAAGUCUUUACUAUCCAAUAUUGAGGAACCAACGGCAGUCAACAGUAUAGACAGAAUCAACAAUCCCAUCGACGCUGCACCAAGAACGCCUAACAUUAUGUCCGUAAAGGAAAGUGUGUACCAACUGCAAAAGAAGAAACUCACUAAGGAAUAUCCGUGGGACGAAAGGAACGAACCGAUCGACAUUGAUCGCACCCUGUCCACGGUGACCGUUAUGGAUAUCGAAUGUUUCGACGCGUUCGUAACCGCGCCGCUUCAUGCGGAGGUCGCCACGAGCCCUUCUCGAGUGCUGUCGCCCCCGAGGGUUGUGCCUGGCUCAGCGGCAAUACUACCACCGCCUGUAAAGUACGACGAUAAAAUCGCGAUUCUAUCCAAAACGCCCACAACCCGAGGUCCAGAGCUUCGGGACAUCGUAGCGGCGCUCACAACGAUCAACUCUCACGAUACGUUCAACUUGGAACGCGCCGAGACCUUGGGAGACUCCUUCCUCAAGUUUGCGGCGACCUUGUAUCUGUUCCACAAGUUCCCAGCGCUAGAUGAGGGCCAGUUGACGAAUAUCAAAGGACGACUUAUUGGCAACAGGAAUUUGUACUACGCAGGCGAGCGCGCACAGUUAGGCGGCCGUAUGAAGGUUGAACAAUUCAGUCCAAGAAGAGACUUCGUUGUUCCCGGCUUUGCAGCUCCACCGCAAGUUGCCGACUUUAUCGAAGAGCGCUGCAUUCGUCCAACUUUCCUGAUCGGCAUGCAGUUUCCGACCGAGGACGCAUUGAGUGGCGAACUCUCCGACGAAGGCUGGGAUCACAUCAGGCAACGAUUUGAGGACUGGGAGAAUAGAGCUGAAACAGAGCCGUACGGGCAAGCACAGAACUCCAUGCAAUGUUACAUACGGCACCAAGCUGUAUCUGAUAAGUCUGUCGCAGAUAGCGUGGAGGCGCUGAUAGGCACUUACCUGUGUAGUGGAGGGAUUGCAUCGGCUGUGAGCUUCUUGGAAUGGAUGAGGAUAUUGCCACCAAAGGAUAACUUCAUGGGAUAUUUAAAUAGGAAAGUGGAGACUGUGAUAACGCAAGGAAAAAACACUGUGACCGAAGUGGACUGGCUUUUGAACCAAUGCCGUGGAGACAUUGAAAAUAUCCUCAACUACAAAUUCAAGGACCCAGCUUUAUUGCUUGAGGCCUUGUCUCAUGCCUCGUACAUACGGAACCGUUACACAAGGUCGUACGAACGAUUGGAGUUCCUCGGCGACGCCAUCUUGGAUUUCCUUAUAACGUCCCACAUUUACGAGAACUCUCCUAAAUUGAAACCAGGGGAGCUGACAGACUUGAGGUCUUCUCUAGUGAAUAAUGUCACAUUUGCGUCUUACGUCGUCAAAUUGGGUUUGCAUAAAUUCCUGUGCACGCAAAUGAACGCUAGCUUAGAGAAUGCGAUCAAGACAUUCGUGGAACAUCAGGAGGAGAGGGGCCACGAGAUCGUCGAGGAUGUCUUGUAUCUGAUCGACGAGGAGGACUGUCGCAUUGCGCAGUACAUUGACGUCCCUAAGACCCUCAGCGACAUAUUCGAGUCUAUAGCCGGCGCCAUAUACCUGGACACGGGCGGCGACCUACAGACGGUGUGGUCGGUGGUGUACCGCAUCAUGUACAAGGAGAUCAACGCCUUCACGCUCAACAUUCCGAAGCAGCCCGUGCGGGUGCUCAUGGAGACCAUUCACGCUUGCCCUUCGUUUGGGGAGACGAAACAAACUACAUCAGGCAUUCCAAAGAUAAUGAUACCUGUCACGUUUACAAAGCAGGGCAUCCAGCACACUGCCUUUGGUGUCGGCACGAACAAGUCGCAAGCGAAACGAGCCGCGGCCAAAUUGGCGCUCAAAAUACUUGCGGUCUAAGGCCGUAGUCUAAACUGCUUAUUUUUUUAAAAAAAAAAAAACAAUCUAUACUACAGCCUUUCUUGAUAAAUACUGUUUACCAACAAAUACAUUAGAAAUGAAGGUAGGAAACGCAUGUCAUUCCGUAACUUAUUUAUUUUAAAUCAUGUAAUAUUUGUUCAUAAAAUGUUAUAUAAAAUAUAUUAACCAUAUCUAAUUGUUCUAAGUUUAUUAAUUAAACUAGCUGACACCGCGCGGUUCCACCCGCGUGGUUCCCGUUCCCGUAGGAAUACAGGGAUAAAAUAUAGCCUAUAGCCUUCCUCGAUAAAUGGGCUAUCUAACACUGAAAGAACUUUUAAAAUCGGACCAGUAGUUCCAGAGAUUAGCGCGUUCAAUCAAACAAACAAACAAACAAACAAACUCUUCAGCUUUAUUAUAUUAGUAUAGAUUUUUUUUCAUUAAUAAAACAAGUUAAUUAUAAUUAUUAUUAGGUGUGAAAUCACUAGUUAUUAUACCCUCACUUUUAAUUUGUUUCUUAGUAAACAGUCGUCGUCGUCAUCAACCCAUAAUCGGCUCACUGCUGAGCUCGAGUCUCCUCUCAGAAUGAGAGGGGUUAGGCCAAUAGUCCACCACGCUGGCCCAAUGCGGAUUGGCAGACUUCGCACACGCAGAGAAUGCAGAUAAUUCUCUUGUAUGCAGGUUUCCUCACGAUGUUUUCCUUCACCGAUUGAGACACGUGAUAUUUAAUAUUUUAGAGCAGUGAUAGCCCAGUGGAUAUGACCUCUGCCUCCGAUUCCGGAGGGUGUGGGUUCGAAUCCGGUCCGGGGCAAUGCACCUCCAACUAUUCAGUUGUGUGCAUUUUAAGAAAAAAAUUAGUAAACAGUACUCAUCAAGAAAGGUUGUAGUAUAGCUAUUAUGUUUUUUUUAAAUUAUGAUGAAUUGAUAUUACAUAAUGAAUUGAAAAUAUACUAUUAAUUUAUAUGAACAAUUUUAAAAUAAUAAUGUAUAUAGCUUGGCAACUUCGUUGAUGACACUCCCAUGAUGUGGCGGUGAAGGACAGCGCAGGUGUGAAGUCGUGCGAGCAGGGCAGAGGGAAGAACUGAGCGGAUAUGAAGUUAUGCGCGCGGGGCAUCGCUACCCUCCUUCCGCCCCCCGCAGACCAUCGGGAGUGUUACGAACGAAUAUGCUAAGCUAUAACAACAGGAUAUAAAUAUUAGGGAAAUUUGUGUAAUCUAAAUUAAAGAUAGAUAUUUUUAACCCCCGACGCACAACGAGGGAUGUUAUAAGUUUGUGUCUCUGUCUAAGUGUUUGUCUGUCUAGAUGUUUGUCUGUCUACGUGUCCUUAGCUCUCGAACGGAUGAACCGAUUUUCAUUUUCUCGUAUUUUUUAAAAGAUUUCUUAUUCCAGAAUGUAAAUUUCUUCAUCCGUUUAAUAGUUAUUGUAGGAAAUAGAGGUGUUUAUUGUUACUCAUGACUGUCAGGGGUUUUUUGAAAGGAGACCGAACAUUUGGGGCCCAACACGAUACAGAAAAAAAAAUUGGAAAAAUCCUUUAUUACCAAAAAUAAUUAGAAUUCACAAUUGUUAAUACUUUUUGAAAUGUGUGUUUUUUGUUGUCUUGCAUGAUAAAGUAUGUACUUGUUGGUACUUGCCACUAUCUUGAUUAUGCAACUGUCAAUCAAGCUAAAAUUUAACCAAUUUUAAACUGAUAUAACUAUUUAAUAAAAGACACUAAUUUGGACAUUGUAACCUCAGACUAAUUAAAUAAGGACCGUAUUGAUAGAUGUUAUUUUUCUGUCAAAGUAUAUGAUCAGCGAUCUUUUGCGAUUAUAUAAACUGUCUGUAAAGAAUUGAUGUUUCGUAGUUGUAAUCGUGUACAUCGGUUAAAGAGCUCCGUUGUGUAGUUGAAUGGUGUAAAAAACGCAUAACAACUUUAGUAUAAGAUAAUCAUCUCAUCUUUCCUCACAAAAUGGAAAUUUUAUUCGUGAAUUUGGAUGCGAUACUAGUCCUUAUGUAGUUAGUCUGAGAUUGUAGAGGUUCAUUCAUCAAAUCUGGGUCCACCAAUGUAUGAAAAAUGGUCCUUCCUUUUAAAUAUUAACUUUCUUUGUGUUCCAUAUUGAUAAGUACCUAGAUAUUUUUAGUCACAACAAUAUUUAUUUUAUUUAAUCGGUUUUGUUAUGAGUUUUAGUGAAAAAGUGUAUAAAAUCUCUGGGGAAUUCAAUAAUAGUAAAACAUUUACUAUUGGUACUUUCGAAAAGUGUCGUGAUUUUCCAUGUUAUAAGUUUAGAUAUUUUAUUUUGCAAAAUUAUUUUUUUUUAUUAUUUUUUUUAUAAAAGUAUCCUAGUCGUACCAUAUGCUGAAAAAUUACUUGACCGUUGAUUUUAUCCUUGAGAAUUAUUUUUUUAAGGUUUUUUUUCAUAAACAGUUUUUAUUACAUGUACUUUUAACGUUAAAUAAACGUGUUUUUAAGCUAGAUGUACAACUUUGCCUAGUACAUUUUUUUUCAACGUGACCGUUAAAAGUACGUGCAAUAAAAAUCGUUAUACAUAAAAAAAGUAAUUAAGAUCCGUUUUUUGGAAAAAAAAACUCACUUUGUAGACGCCUAAUUAAUUUUACAGCACAGUAUAUUUUAAUUCACUAUUUAUUAUUGUAAUUUUACAUUUAUGUUGAUGAAAUAAGAUUAAGUCACUGUAAUAUCUUGUUAAUCAAGUUAAAAGGACUAAGUAGCCCUUUGACUCGCGUUCAAAACUGACAAAAUAGGGAGGGUUAGGACUAAUUCAAACUUGUUCUAAGAUCCGGCAUAAUCAAUAUAUACCCUCAUCAUCAUCAACCCAUAUUCGGCUCACUGCUGAGCUUGAUUCUCUCAGAAUGAGAAGGAUUAGGCCAAUAGUCCACCACGCUGGCCCAAUGCGGAUUGGCAGACUUUACACACGCAGAGAAUUAAGAAAACUCUCUGGUAUCCUCACGAUGUUUUUCCUUCACCGUUUGAGACACGUGAUAUAUUUCUUAAAAUGCACACAACAGAAAAGUUGGAGGUGCAUGUCCCGGAACGGAUUCGAACCCACACCCUCCGAGGCAGAGGUCAUAACCACUGGGCUAUCACGGCUCAUAUACCCUCAUCUGUUAUUUAUUAGAGAUAAGAAAUAAAUGAUAGAUACGUGUUGCGCUGUCACUCAUCACCAUUAUCACUACAUUUAUAUCAGUCACUAGAAAUUUUUCGCGUGUAAAAUUGCAAAUUAGAGAUGUGAAGAAGCGAUAUACAAUAACCAGAAGCGCUAAGACUUUGUCCGCCAUUUGACCUUAGUCCGUAAUCCGGCCCUGUCGUAGGCCGACCGCAUACACUCGUUUUCCGUUUUCGUUUUCCUAAUGCGCAAUUUCGAUUUGGAAUUCCGUGAGACUAGCGCAGACUUUUUUAUGUUUUUCUUCAUUCGGAAUUGUAGGUAUAUUGUCGCAGGGGCUCGCGUUCGUUACGUACGCAUGGAAUUGUUCCGUUCGGAAAAAAAACUACAUGUGCGUCAUUAAUUGUACUUACCUAUAUCAUAUUCAGUUCUCUGAACACGGAAAACGGAUUCUGAGGACGAAUACGAAUAACAAGUGUAUUACAUCUAAAGCUGGUCUUAGUGGACAUCUAUCUAAGUAUAAACGACUUCCCUGCCAAAUUUCAGCUUUGUACGUUACUCGUUUAUCCCAUAGUGUGUCUUGGAUAGGUCUUUAAAAAUAUUGUAAGUGUGCUAACAUAAAAUGCAAUUGUAUGUAAAUUGUAACAUAAUAGCAAUGUAAAAGCUAUUCUCGUGUCAUAAAGGAGGUGUGUAAUAUUUUCAAUUCCAAUUAUUAGUACCUAUUUCUACUGAAUGGUGAGAGAAAUGAAUGUACUUACCCUGUAGUGUCCAAAACAAUAAAAUUAUUGUCUGGCAAGUUCGCUGAUAAAACUCCCGGGGGUGUGAAAUCGUGCGUGCGGGGAAGUGAGGUGCGUCAGUCGUGGGUUUUUCAUUCAUCGCUAUACGCCCCCCGGCCCGCUCCUGCAUCGGGAAUGUUACGAACGAAGUUGCCAAGCUAUAAUGUUAUGCAUUUUAUUUUUGUGAAUAAAUGUCGAUUUAUUAUUUACUUAGAUAUCGUACCUAUAUUUAAAAAAAUGAUAUAUUAAAACUAUAUUAUAUUA